AUGGCGACUGGUGAAGUUUGGGGUCGUUUGAACGAGUGGUUUGAGAUCUCCUUUGAAAAAUUUUCAAAGCGGCUCCGGGAACGUCUUCCUUCGGCCUUUCUCCAAUUCUGCUCGUUCCAAUCUGGAUUUUCUUCUUUAGAUGCGAUGUGGAUGCUUGAUGGAGGUGAUUUAGCCGGUGGCCGCGGUAAAUGCCGUGAUUUGGAUUGUCGGCCAUUUUACUUGCUCGCGAUCGGCCAAAUUUCACUCCAUCGGCCAUCUCUUGAAUUAUCUUUCGUUGUGCGCGCCAAUGGCUCGGGAUGUGAUUCCUUUGGCCAUCUGUUUCUGUUCGAUCGUCUCCUUCCUUUCUUCUUCCUUGGUGUUUUUUGGACUCCAGAGGAUCAGUUUCCACCGGUGUUCGCGCCUUCUUGA